AUGGCAGCUCCGACACGGCCGCCAGCGAACGUCUUCGUCGCCAAGGCCCGCAAGGUCUACAACCCCAUCGGCUUCUCCAAAGGCUACAACUUCGUCCUAUGGUUCAUCUUCGCUGGCGCAAUAUUCGGCUUCGCCCUUGCUCGAAUGAUGUUCCUCGAUUACAACGGCAUUUACUGCAAUCCCAACAGCACUGGUAACGGUGCAGGCCCAGGCGAAUGCUGGUCUUACAACAGAAAGGACCUUUACAAAAUCGGCAUCAAAAUGCAUUUGUACACCAUCAUUCCAGCUGCAUUCCUUGUCGUCUUUCAAUUCGUCCCUUUCAUUCGAUACAAGGCGCUUCUAUUCCACCGUAUGAAUGGGUAUAUCGUCGUUGUCCUGGCUAUCAUCGGAACCGUCGGGGCCAUUAUUAUUGCACCCGUCGCCUUCGGUGGCUCGUUGUCUGUGAGAGCCGCUGUAGGCCUCAUGUCGAUCAUGUUCCUUGGGUCACUCUUUCUGGCGAUAUGGAACAUCAAGACACUGCAGCUUGAGCAACAUCGCGCUUGGAUGCUUCGAGCAUGGUUCUAUGCUGGUUCAAUUAUCACCUUGCGAAUAAUUCUAAUCAUCUCUGCUAUGGUCAUGUCCAAGAACCCUAGCUUCCGACUCCCAAUGCAAUGCGCCAAGGUUGCUUCCUUCUACGACGACACCGAGUCUUUGAUCGCCAAGUAUCCUACCUGCAAUGAUCCAGAGGCCUGGGUUGCCGUCCAGGGUGACAUGUCAGGCGAGAGUACCGAGAACAUUGAAUCCGCUCUAUCUCUAGGUUUCUCCAUGGGAAUCUGGCUAGCACUAGCCAUCCACGCCAUUGGCAUUGAAGUCUAUCUUCACCUAACGCCCGCAGAGACCGAACGUCUACGGAAAAUCUCUUACCAACGACAACAAGAACGUGGUUUCAAGAACCCCGGAAGCAGCGGACUUACGUCUGAUCGUUUGGGUGACGCCGAGACGUGGCGUCCGGGUAUCGAUGCGACUGCAUAUCCGCCUAGCAAGGGGAGUAACAGUGCCAUUUCGGAUGUAGGAGCGACUUAGAGUUCAGGUGAUGUAACAUUGGAUGAUAUGUUGUUCUUGUUAGUCGGAUUGGAGGGCUGGAAGGUCCGCUUGGCUCCGGAAAUUGUGUCAGCCCAUUUUUAGCCGUUGCCUAACUUUGACAUGACAUGUUGACAGACGGCAGAUGACAUUUAUGAAAUGAGGGCAAGGGUCUUGCGUUUCGGCAUUG